AUGUUGAUAGUGCAUUUGGUUUAUGCCAAUCUAGAGUAUCAAAAAGAAACUCCUCCAAGCCUGCGUGAGAUUGACCAUCAGUGCUGGGAGGUAUCAUCCCAUGGGUUGAUGGAAAUGAAGAAACUCAAGGUAGCAGAUACAGUCAUUGCUCUCUGGGACUUCAUGAUGUUCUUAAAGGAAUCCCCUAAGCCCAAGCACAAUGAACUCUUCAAUGACUUAGCCCAGAACUUCUGGGAUAUGUACACAGCAGCAGCGGCAAAACAAAUUCCAGGUGGAAAUGCUAUGGUGUACAUCUAUGAGAGCUGUGGAAAGCUGACUACUCAUGAGAUGUCAGCAUGA